AUGUCCUCACCAAGCAAGCCCUACGUCGAUCCCGCCCGGGAGGCCGAAAGCAACACGGCCCUGUUCCUGACCAUUGUGUGCGUCGUCUGGGGGCUCGCCUUCACGGCGGCAGCCCUGCGCUUCUACACCAAGGCCGUGCUCGUGCGGUCCUUCGGCAAGGACGACGUGCUCAUGGCGCUGUCAGUGCUGUGCAGCCUCGGCGGGCUCGUCGCCUGGAUCGUCGCCUGCACCAACGGCUCCGGCCGCCACCAGGACACCAUCAAGCAGCCCAACCUCGUCGUCAUCCUCGAGGCCCAGUUCUUCCAGUCCAUCGUCGAGGCCUCGUUCGCCUUCGGCUUCCUCAAGAUCUCCAUCGCCAUCUCCCUGCUGCGCCUCAGCAGGGGCAAUUGGUACAAGUGGAUAUUAUGGUCGCUCAUCGCCUUUGUCUGCUUCUACACGCUAUUCGCCUUCAUCACCUUCCUGACCUUUUGCCAGCCGAUAGCCGGCCAGUGGGACCGGUCAAUCCGCCCAAAGUGCUACAACAAGGAGCUAUACCGAGACUUUGGUCUCUUCAACACAUCAUGCAACAUUGUUACCGAUAUCGCAUUUGCGACGCUGCCAAUACCCCUGAUAUGGAGCCUCCAGCUGCAGCGCCGGAUACGACUCUACCUGAUUGCUAUUCUUAGUGGAGGGUACUUUGCCGUCGCUUUGGGCAUCGCAAGGGCCGUGUUCAUCAUCGCUUUUGUCCACGAACGUGACGGGACAUAUUACCCGUGGGCGCCGUUCUUUGCAUCCCUCCAGCUCGACAUUGGCAUCGUAGCGGCGUGCGCGCCGACACUGCGGCCGUUGCUCGGGCGCGCGCUGCGGCUGUCGGGCAACCUCAACCACUACCGCGAGGCCAACUACUACCGCGCCGGCAAAGCGCUGGACCGGCUGCCGGUGAGCGGGAGCGGCAACCGCGGGUACCUGCGGCAGAACACGGCGUCGGGCGAGUUCCUCGAGAUGGCCGGCAAGGGCGGCGAGAAGUGGGCGACGGUCAACCGCGGGAACACGGCCUUCUCCGCGUCCGUCAACAACAACACGACAAAUAAUGGAGACGGCAAAGGCCACGGCCACGUGCUAGAGAUGACGGGCGCCCUCGCCCUCGACGCCGCGGCAGAGAAGCCCAGGGUCAGUGAGGAAGACGUCAUCCUGCCCGACCCGGACGACCUCGACCCGGAAUUCAAGGGCAUUGUCAAGACGACCGAGUUCCGAGUCGAAAAGUGA